AAAGACAUCAAUCUAGCUGAUCGAUGUACUUGAUUUCCUCCCUAAGCUCUUCUAUACGUGGAAUCCUUCAGCAAUUUACGCUGGGAUUUGCCUUCCUGUCGAGAUAAGAGGACUUUCGACAUCACCCCGCAUAUCUACAAUGCAUAGAACCGCGAUCAAUCAGGAGAUUUCGGCAGCCCUAUGUUAUUUUGCUGCAAUCGCAACUAAAUUUGAUAAGCCAACACGCACGUUUCGAUUACCGGGCGCCUUUUACAAGGAUACUAGACGGCAAAUAAGUACACUUAUACUCGACUUGGUCCCUCACAUCGGUUAUGCGAUCAUAUUAACCGUCCCCAAACCCAAUCUCAGGCUUGCAGCAGACCACAUGCACGAUGGAGAAGCCAGAACCGGAGAAGGCAGAGAGGCCAGAUAUGUCAGAUGGUUUGCAGAUCGCACAGCCUGAGACUUAUCCCGAGGCAGUUAACCGCUACUCUGGACAUGGUGACACGAAGCUACCACAACUCCACAAUGAUGACCACGAUGGACGCGAUCGCUCACAGCGAGAUGCAGCAUCAACACGUACUGGAAACUCUCACGACCUUUUGUCAUAUCGAAAUGGACGUGAUCUACCGGAUCAAGCGCCUCACAUUCAGGUUCCACCUGACAUGUGGAAGAAGUUCUUUGCCCACAGACGGCGCAAAUACUGGUUUACGAUUGCCAUGUCGUUUACCAUAGUGGCUGCACUCGUGGGUACCAGCAUAGGAGGAGGGUUGGUUGUGCAAGAGAAAGCCGACAAGAAGGCUGAAGCCCUGGCUGCUGAACAGGCUGCACAGAGCUCGAGUAUGACACUAAUGCCUACGCCUACAUUGGCGAGCGCUCCGGCAAGUGCCUCGGACACUUUACCAGAUAGUCCAACGGACAAUCCAACGGAUGGAUCUCAAGGCACGGGAACGGACUACAUAGCGCUACCCUUCGGCGCCAUCCAAUCGAUCAAUACCACUUGUCCGUCCACAAUCCUCAUAUCGAGUCGGUUGGAAGGCAAGACAUCGGACAUCAGUGGUGUUUACACGUAUAGCUGUCUCGACAGUACCAACAUACUGGAUUCUACCCUCAUGAGCUUUACUGCAUAUACCUUGGAGCAAUGCGUUGACGCGUGCAGUCAGUACAGCGCUAUGGACAGUAGCACGAACAAUACAUGCAAAGCCGCUGUGAUCAGCUCCGACUUUCGUGGAAGGUACGAAGCUGCGAAUGGAGCGAACUGCUGGUUGAAGAGCGGAGCUGGAAACGCAAGUACCGGACAGAACGGAUACACGGCGGCGGUACUCCGUGAGGCAUAAGCUAGAAAAAAAUCGGUGGGAAGGAAGAGAGCUGGCCUAGCAGCCGACUAUUGU